AUGACAAAUAUAGACAUCGAUACAACGGGUUGUCGUUUAACUCAUGAGAUUGUUAACAUUGCUUGCUUACACAUCAGAUGCACAAUUUCAACUACAUAUCAUGCCUUUAAUGAAUUUGAAUCAUGGGCACGCCAAGAUGAUCAGAUUCGUGUAAUGAAUGCUGGAUGCUUCCGUAAGCUGAAAUCUUUAGAAACUUAUAAGAAGCCAUGUGCAAAUGUCGUCUCAUGGAACGAUUUGAAAAGAUUGUCAAGUCAUUUGCUACUGGCUACAAUUUAG